AUGGACCCCCGAAUUAAAUCAGCCCUCGCCCGCUCGAUCGAGCUCGGCGAAUUCAAAAUUGACGUCUCCGCCUAUCAUCGAGACAAGAAGAUCGUUGACGCCUAUGUCGGAGAAGUAGACAAGGAUAAAAGCUCACCAGUGACGAGAAACACUACUUUCCCCAUAUUUUCUUUUACAAGAGGCGUCACUGUUCUCGCAGUGCGUAUCCAGGCCGAUCGCGGACUGAUCGAUGUCCAAGAACCCAUCGCAAAUUAUUGGCCGGAGUUUGAGGUAGAUGGGAAGGAGGAGGUCACUGUAGAAAUGGCGCUAUCGCACAGAGCUGGUAUCCCUCAGAUGCCCCAGGAUAUGGUAGAAAGAAUCGCCGAAUUCAAACCCUUUUUCACACCUGGCAUAGCGAAUGCGCACCAGGUCCUUGACCGAUCCACACAUCGACUGUUGGACAUCUUUGUACGGGAGGAGAUUUGCGAGCUUUUGAGUAUCGAGGACUUCUACCUUGGCGUACCUGACGAAGAGCUUUACCGUGCAGCAGGCCAUGGACCCGGCUCUGGGGCAAUAGCAGACGCUAGGUCUGUUGCACGAAUUUUACCGCUCAUUACAAACGAGCGUGCUGAGGGCUUGACUAGGCCGAGAACGAAUGCUGACGACCCGGACCAGAUUUUGCCAAUUCCUAUUAGCCAACCGAAUGCAUCAGACCCGCUCGUGAGUAACCACCACGAUAUUGUUUACAGUCCUAGAUCUGGCGGCUCACUUGCGUUCGCCGAUAUUCUGGACAACCUUGCAGUAGCGAUCUGUCACAACGACAUGGAUAGUGUGCUAGUGCUUGAGCCCGAACGGAUAUUUGCACCCAUUAUGAAGGAAAUCAGGGAGACGGUAGCUGACCGAGUGUGA